GACCAAAUUUUACGCUGUGGUGAAGUGUUGAACGGCCGAAAUGCCCGAGUUUGACUCUCCCCCGAGCAACGCCUGACGAAGAGGCCGAGAAACGCUGACGAGAUGAACUUCCUUCUGGAUUAUCACGUGCUGUUGACCAGUGUUCCAGUGUGUAGCGCAUUCGUAGAUCAUAAUGGCGCCAAACAGUGGUUCAUCUUCGUCUGGUGAACAAACGAUGUGACCGCCCUCGCUCCCAGACUGAACGCGCGUACACUUGUUUGUAGUGAUCAUGAACUUUACCCUCUAAUUCAAAACACGGGGGUCGACAACGACGCUGCAGUUUUGGCGGGUAGCGGCGGUGGCGGCGCCGAAGAAAAAAGCCGCCAACGCUCACGCCGCACUGCAACAACAAUGUCGUCCGGAGCCAAGCAGAAGCGUUCGUCAAUUGAUGCUGGAAGCAGCUGUGCAGGAACAACAACUGGAAGCAAACGAUUGAGGAGGACGAGCGCCUGUGAGGAUGACGACAGCCGGCUGUCUUCAUCCAAGGCCAAGCUGCCACCAUUGCCUUUGCCGCCCAUGUCAAAGAUCUACAACAGCUCUUACCGGAGCAACAAGCCUGCUGAGCUCUUCCGGAAGGAUCUCAUCAGUGCCAUGAAGCUGCCCGACAGUGAGCCACUGGAUGCAGAUGACUAUUGGUUCAUCUCGGACGGAUGGAAGCAAGAGUGGGAACGAGGAGUGCAGGUGCCCGUUAACCCAGGGCAUCUGCCCGAACCCACAGUGAAAGUCAUCAAGAAGAAGAGCAAAUCAAAUGACUUUAAGCUACCUCCAAACAAGUUUCUCCGGUUGUCGCAUGACGAGUUCUUUUCCAACGACCUCCAUGUCCUGACCAAUGUCAGUGCUUUGGCUGAAAAGACCUGCCGCUACGACCUGGACUGCUUAGAUCAGCAGUGGUUGCGGGUCUUCAACGAGGAGCGCAAGUCUCUCGGCCUGGAACCCUUGCCUGAGCUGACUAUGGAGAUGAUCUUGGAAGACUUUGAGACCCAGUGUUAUGACAAGCUUCAGAGAGAGAUCCGGACAGAGCAAGGGUUGGGCAUUGAGUAUGACGAAGAUGUGGUCUGUGAUGUCUGCCGUUCGCCGGACUCGGAGGAAGGCAACGAAAUGGUUUUCUGCGACCAGUGUGACCUGUGUGUGCACCAGGCCUGCUACGGCAUCCAGCGGAUCCCGGAGGGUUCGUGGGUGUGCCGGACCUGUGCCCUGGGCAUACGACCGCCCUGCGUGCUGUGCCCCACCCGAGGUGGUGCCAUGAAGAGCACACGGAGUGGCCAGAAGUGGGCUCACGUGAGCUGUGCGUUGUGGAUCCCGGAAGUUAGCAUUGGCUGUGUCGAGAAGAUGGAGCCCAUCAUGAAAAUAUCUCAGAUCCCGCCUAGUCGUUGGGCCCUGACCUGUUGCCUUUGUCGAGAGCGGAUUGGCGCCUGCAUUCAGUGUUCCGUGAAGGCUUGCAAGCGGGCUUACCACGUCACCUGUGCAUUUGAGAACGGCCUUGAAAUGAAGCCCAUCAUUGAUGACAACACCGUUGAUGAGGUUAAGCUCAAGUCGUACUGCCCAAAGCACAGCAAGAAGAAAGAGGUGCACCGAAAGGAGGCGUCGUCGGAUGACUCGGACAAGAAGGCAAGCUCUGUAUCCCGUGAGGGCCACCACCAACGCGAUGCUGAAGCCACAAACGAGGAAAAGGAGUCUGCCCGACUGGCCAAGAUUCAGGCUAUUGAGGCUGAAUUCUACAAGCACGUGAGCUUGAAGGAGACUUCAGAAGCCAUGUCAACAGACCCUGUGGUUGUCGACUUUGUCUUCAACUUUUGGAAAUUGAAGCGCAAAGCGAACAACGACAAGCCUUUACUGACGCCAUUGAAGGAAGAGACAGAUGGCUUGGAUAAGCUAGAAGAAAACAACCUUUACUCGCGUGUCAAAAUGUUUGUCCAUCUGCGACAGGAUCUGGAAAGGGUGCGGAACCUUUGCUACAUGGUGUCAAGGCGAGAAAAGAUAGCCAAGUCUCUGCUCAAGACAAGGGAGGAAAUAUUUGAGCACCAGGUAGCAAUGCUAAAACCAGGAGGACCCAAGAUGAGCGAGCGUGAGCGGGAAGCUGUCAUUCUGGCCGGCCAGAGCGAACACGUUUACGACCGGCUGGUGUCUCCAGACCCAUCGGGCCCCAAGCCAUGCCUGCGACUUCUGCUGGAUGCUCUUGAAGGCCGAGAGGUACCUAACCUCUACGGCCUGAUAAAGAAACCACCUAGCACGCCGACUAGGCUCCCGAACCCUUACGCCAAGCAGUAUGUCAACGGGCUUCGGUCACGGAGACUGUCUAUGAUGGGUGGGGCUGGGGAGUCCGAAGGCUGUGUUGCCCAAGACGAAGACAGCCAAGGUACUGCUGACUCUGCAACGACAGUUUCCGGCAGGGGGGAUGUUGCUGCCAAUCAGUCGUCGGUGAGCGCAGCUCACGUUGCAGAAGCUGCGCUGGAAACGCUCUGUGAGGAACAGCUCGAAGCUGGUGAAGAACGUGGCCAGACAGCAGGUGGAGAGAACAAAUUGAGCAAAGAUGUUGCAGAGAUACAGGUGAGGGUUAGUCGAAGUCAUAGGCUGGAAAGUGCGGAAAACACCCCCCGUACUUUGUCCAAGAGUGAAACCGGAAAGGAGGAUCUUGGUGACACUGAAAGCAGGAUGUCCACUCGAAGCCGAAAUGUUGAUACAUUGAAUGAAAUUAGUGACACUGAAAGCAGGAUCUCCGUUCGAAGCCGAAAUUUCAAUACUGUGAAUGAAAUUAGCAAUACUGAAGGCAGGAUGUCCACUCGAAGUCGACAUGCUGAUACUGUGAAUGAAAUUAAUGACACUGAAGGCCGGGUAUGCACUCGAAGCCGAGCUGCUGAGACUGUGAAUGAAAUUAAUGACAUUGAAGGCAAGUCCACAGAUAGUCGAAAUACUGAGACUGUGAAUGAAAUUAGCGACACUGAGGGUAGAAUGUCCACUCGAAGCCAAAAUGCCGAUAGUGGGAAUGAAAUUAGCGACACUGAAGGCAGGAUGUCCACACGAAGCCGAAAUGCUGAAAGUGUGAAUGAAGUUAGCGACACCGAAGGAAGGAUGUCCACACGAAGCCGAAAUGCCGAUACUGUGAACGAAAUUAGUGACACUGAAGGAAGAAAGUCCACUAGAAGCAGAACUGCUGAGUUAUUGGAUGAAAUUAAUGAAACUGAAGGCAGGGUCUCCACACGUAGUCGAAAUGCUGAGACUGUUAAUGAAUAUAGCGACACUGAAGGCAGGAUAUACACACGAAGCCGAAAUGCUGAAAGUGUGAAUGAAGUUAGUGACACUGAAUGCAGAAUGUACACCCGUAGCCGAAAUGCCGAUAGCGGGAAUGAAAUUAGUGACGCUGAAUGCAGGAUAUCCACUCGAAGCCGAAAUGCUGAUAGCGGGAAUGAAAUUAGCGACACUGAAGGUAGCAUGUCUACUCGAAGUCAAAAUGCUGAUACUGUGAAUGAAGUCAGUGACACUGAAGGCUGUAUGCUCACUCGAAGCCGAAUUACUGAUAGUGGGAAUGAAAUUAGUGAUACUGAAUGCAGGAUGUCCACUCGAAGCCGAAAUGCUGAAAGUCGGAAUGAAAUUGGUGAAACUGAAGGCAGGAUGGCUACUCGAAGCCGCAACACUGAUAGCGUGAAUGAACUGAAAAAGGAGGACCUCAGCGACACUGAAAGCAGGAUUCCCACUCGAAGCCGAAAUGCUGAUACGGUGAUAAAUGCCAUUAAGGAAGAGAAGAGGGCAGACGAUCCUAUUGAGGCUGAGUGCAAGGCACAAAGGAGGAGCCGGAGGCUUGGGUCUGUCGAUUCUAUGAGAAGCACAUCAAGAGGCGAAACAAGGAAAGAAGAAAUUGGGGUUGUAAAUAACAGGACCCCAACGCGAAGCCGAAGGCCCGAAACGGAUCAAUCCAUGAGGAGUCAUGCCUCACUUGAAAGUAAGGAUGAUACCUUAGACAUUGGGAACAGGACACCGAUGCGCUGUAGAAGGCCGGCAACUAGUGACAUUAUGCCAAAAGGUUCACCCAGAGGUGACACUAAGGAAAACGAACAAGGAGAUGCAGGAAGCAAGACUCCAACAAGAAGCCGACGAUGUGAGAUUUCAGAUGACGGCUUACGUAGCUUAUUGAAAAAUGAAAUGCAUCAAAAGGGACCGGUGAAAUCGGAAUGCAAGGUAUCACACCAAAGUCGAAAGCAUGAGCAGAAAACUGAAAUUGAUGAGCGGAAAGCAUCUUUCUUACGAAAUGAAGCCAAGAGUGAAGAGUCAGACGUAGGGAGCAGAAGUUCAAGUAGAAGUCGAAGAUGUGAUAUGAAAUUUGAGCAGGCCCAGGAUGCAAUCAAAGCAUCUAAGAAAAUGGAGGGUGAAGCCGACGAAAUCAGGAAAGGAGAAUGCAAGCCUUUCGCGCAAAGCCGUCGGCUGGAAGUCGGGAAUGAGGCGGCCGAUGGCGGGACAAGAAGUGCUUCCAGACAAGAGGCAAAAAAGGGUGAUAUUUCAGAAGUAGAUGGCAGAGUGAGCAUGCGAAGUCGGCGAGCUGAUGUGCUCGUUGAAUCUAGUGGUGACCUUUGCAAAGUUGUGCUGAGACAAGAACCUAAAAAAGAUGACGCAAUGGAGCAGGCAAACAAAAAGUUUGGUCGCACUACCCGACUUUCUGAGGCAAGGAUUGAGCUAGUGCCAUGUGACAUGAGAGAGUUCUCGAAGAAUUCGUGUCCGACAGACGAGGUUGAAACAAAAACCGGCAGCAGAAGUCGGCGGUUGAGGAAACAGACAACUGCUUCCUCCGAUGGAGAGGAUCCACAGCCGCCCACCUUGGCCUCCCUCUGUGAGUUUCCUGAAGAACUUAACGACGUGGGACGCUGCACACGCAGCAGCACCAUACAGAAGCAGGAGGAUGCUCGAGGUCUCGAGGAAGCGAGCUCACGCGAGCCUGCAGGAAACACGACCACUGCAGCCAGCAACUACGGGAAGCACACAUCAGACGAAAACGUGCCGAAGAGGCCCGACCGUCGGGAGAGACGCGACAGUGUGGCAUGCAGCGUGCUGCUUCCCGAGGCCCUGUCACCACCUCGUGCAUCGUCGCUGAGUGGCUACAGGAUUCCAAAGAAGGCCAAGGCCCCCAACGGGAUGCUGGAGGACCGGCGUGGAAGCUCUCCAGUGUCGCCUCUGCACGAGGUGCCCAGCCACUGCUAUGCGGGCAGUGAUGGCUACACUAGAGGGCGAUCGCACGUGGUCAAUGUUAGGCGGCCCGUGCUGGGACACCACUGCGAGGGCAGGGGGGGAGCAUAUGUGGAACGAUGGAAGCAUGACUUGGACUUUGCAAUUCCCACGGGCAACUCGGCGGCGCCCGAUUGGACUGGCAAGUUGGAGGUGAAGGAGAAUGGGAGCCGUUACCCGAUGCGGUAUCGGCCCAGAUUUGGCGGCAAGGACAGUUAGCCUCUUCUUCAUGUAACCUGCAGAUUGCACAUGUAUUAUAACAUUGUCGUAUAAUGUACAUACUCAUUGCUCAUAUGUUGUUACUUUCCUGCAUUCCGCCUUUGACUCCACUUUUUUUUUUCUCUUUUUCUCGUUUUUUUUUUUCACCUCUGUAGUAAACGUUCAAAGUGCUGACAAGGGGCUGUGUUCCAGAUUACGUUUUUUUUUCCACUUUUUCCAAAAUCCUAGUUUUCUUUUAUCAGAUAAGAAAAGAAAGCGCAAAUUAUCUUAACACUAUGCCUACAGAGAGCCUCUGGUUCUUUAAAUGAAAAUGUAUUUUUGCAAUGACACUUGAUUGGUACUGCUCAGAUUUGGCAGCAAUAUGCAGUGUCAAAAUACUAUGACUGUACAGUUAAAACUGCACUGAAUUUUAGCAUUUGUAAAUAUGCCAAGUGUACAGUGUUUUAGUGUUGUUUAAAAAUAAACUGGGCUCUUUUACUCCUUUGCAGGGAGCAAUGAGCUUUGGUUCAUGACUUGUCA